CUCUUCGCUCCGGUCUAUGUGAGUGUUGGCUCGUUUGACGCUUCAUAGAGCUGACAGAUGGGUGACCACGCCUCCUCGUUUCGUCAUAACAAUAUGGCGGCGCAGUGAGGAGCGGCGUGUGCGGGCGGUAGAGCGGAAUAUCGGAUCCGGUGAUGGAGAACUACAAGAAGGUCCGGGUGGAGGAGAAGCCCAUGGAGGGGCCGUUUUCCGCCCUUUCACCAGAUAUCAUCGACAUGAAGGUAAAAGAUGGCAGCAAAAUCCGCAACCUGAUGGGUUUCGCUAUCGGGAAGAUGGAGAGCGAGAACGUGCGGCAGAUAUUGUUCAGCGGCGGCGGGAAGGCCCUGAGCAAGACCAUCACCUGCGUGGAGAUCAUGAAACGGAGGGUGAAGGAUCUUCACCAGAUCUCCAAGAUCUUCUACCGACAGACUGAAGAGAUCUGGGAGCCCAUAGUGCCCGAGGUGGGCUUAGACCCCCUCACGGUGAAGAGGAACAGCCCCUCCAUCUGCGUCCUGCUCAGUAAGGACCCCUUAGAUACCACCGAGUCCGGCUACCAAGCUCCAGGCGACUAUGACUCCAUGUGGAUCCAGGAACUUAAAGUGGAGUCUAAGGGGCCGAAGAGGAGGAAACCGGGGAUGGGCCGGGGAUCCGCAACCGGAACAAAACAGCCAAGACCUCCCGGGGGGCGAGGGGGGACCCCCAAAAAGGCGUAGAAUGUCCGCCCUGAGUCACAUUGUAUUUCUAGUGGUUGGACACGUUGUUUGGAUCCAAUCCUGGUCUGGGCGGGGUCUUUAUGGGCUCGGUCAGGAGAAGAUGAUUCUAUGGGGUAUUUUCUAGAAUUUCAGAGGUCAAGGUGACCCUAAGUCUUAUUUUAAUGGGAAUUUCCAAAGUUAAAGGGGUACUCCACUGGCCAACGUAC